AUGGAUUGUCGCCGGCGUCAUUGUCGGAGACGAAGGUUAUGCAUGUUGGCUCUUGAGGUUAUAUUAAGCUUCGGAUUUAGUGGAUUUUCUUCUUUUGAGAUAUGGAACAAUAUUACAUCUGCUCAGGCAGUUGCCAGUAUCGGGUUUUCUCAUUGCAAGAAGCACUCGAUUGGCGUAGGAACAUUCACAAUGUGCAGUGAAGCGCUCAAGUAUCUUAAGAAAGGAGGGCCUGGGAGAGAAGACACAUUGAGCGGUGGUUCGUUUCUCAACAUAAGUGCUACUUUGCAUUACACUGCUUCUUGGUACCAAAUUCAUGUCUCUGCAGCCAAGGCUGCGGUUGAUGCUACGACAAGAAACUUGGCGUUGGAGUGGGGAACUGACUACGAGAUUAGAGUGAACNGGAUUGCACCAGGCCCGAUCAAAGGUACACCUGGAAUGAGUAAACUUGGACCAGAGGAGAUUAAAAGCAAAGCUCGAGAUUACAUGCCUCUCUAUAAACUUGGAGAGAAGUGGGAUAUCGCCAUGGCUGCAAUCUNCUUAAGNUGCGAUUCCGGUAUGCGACUGCCAUUUGCCUAA